AGGCGUGGGAGGACGAUGACAACUAAACCCUAGACUUUCCAUUUGUUGAAAAGCCUCUUGGAGUUACUGACGCUUUGGGUGAGCUGCUGCUGCGUGACAGAGUUGACGGGAGGUGUAAGGUGACACUCCAGUCUGAAAACCUUAGUUCUGCCCAGACGCAUGGCGAAGGCUCAUGGAAGCAAAGACCUGGAAGAGCAGUUGCGGUCUGUGUCCAGUGUGGAUGAACUCAUGACAGUACUUUACCCAGAAUACUGGAAAAUGUUCAAAUGUCAAUUGAGGAGAGGAGGUUGGCAGCACAACAGGGAACACUCCAGCUUUGACACGAGAUCAGAUGAUUCCAUUAAAUUUGCCGCAGCACACUAUAAUGCAGAGAUCCUGAAAAGUAUUGAUACUGAAUGGAGAAAAACUCAGUGCAUGCCACGUGAAGUGUGUGUGGAUGUGGGAAAAGAGUUUGGAGCAACUACAAACACCUUCUUUAAACCCCCAUGUGUAUCCAUCUACAGAUGUGGAGGUUGCUGCAAUAGUGAAGGACUUCAGUGUAUGAAUAUCAGCACAAAUUACAUCAGCAAGACACUGUUUGAGAUCACAGUGCCUCUGUCUCACGGCCCCAAGCCCGUCACUGUCAGUUUUGCCAAUCACACGUCCUGCCGGUGCAUGUCCAAGCUGGAUGUUUACAGACAAGUCCACUCCAUCAUCAGACGUUCCUUGCCAACAGCACAAACUCAGUGCCAUGUGGCAAACAAGACCUGUCCAAAAAAUCAUAUUUGGAAUAAUCAAAUUUGCAGAUGUUUGUCACAGCAUGAUUUUGGCUUCUCUUCUCACCUUGGAGAUUCUGACACAUCUGAAGGAUUCCAUAUUUGUGGACCAAACAAGGAGCUGGAUGAAGAAACCUGUCAAUGUGUCUGCAAAGGAGGCGUACGGCCCUCGAGCUGUGGACCUCACAAAGAGUUAGACAGAUCAUCGUGUCAGUGCAUGUGCAAAAACAAACUUAUCCCUGCUUCCUGUGGGCCCAACAAGGAAUUUGAUGAAGAAAAGUGCCAGUGUGUAUGUAAAAAGACCUGUCCUAGACAUCAGCCGCUAAAUCCUGCAAAAUGCGUCUGUGAAUGUAUAGAAUCUCCCAAUAAAUGCUUCUUGAAAGGAAAAAGGUUCCAUCACCAGACAUGCAGUUGUUACAGACCUCCGUGUACAGUGCGGACGAAACGCUGCGAGGCUGGAUUUUACUUUAGUGAAGAAGUGUGCCGCUGUGUACCCACAUAUUGGAAAAGACCACUUAUGAACUAGCAAAGAGAGCACUACUUGCCAUGUUGGUGUACAUUUUUCCAUUAGAUCAAAAGAACAGCGGAAACUUUGCUAAUAUUUGGAAUUAAAUGUUCACCAGAGACCCUGUGGGGCUUUCAGAGACAGACUUGUGCUUUUCUCAAGACGUGGAAAGCAAAUGUAGAAGACAACUGGGGUUCACGUUUUGUAAAGAACUCAAUAAGGACUUAUUUUCUGUCAAUGACCAAACAGCCUAGGUUCUCCUUCUUGUGAUUUUUUUUUUUUAAGAGAUAAUGACUAUAUAAUUUAUUUCCACUAAAACCAUCGUGCAGCAUUUCUGUUUAUAGCAGUAACAAUUGUUAAAGCUCACUGUGAUCAAUAUUUUUAUAUCAUGCAAAGUAUGUUUAAAAUAAAAUGGAAAUCAUAUUAUAUAAUGGU